AUGCCCGAUGAAGACCUCCAAGAUAUCCUCUCCCAGAUAUCCCGCGAUAACAUCGAGUCCACGAUCCGGAAACUUGUUUCGUUCGGCACGCGUCACACACUGUCUAGCCAAACGGAUCCUGUUCGUGGGGUCGGCGCUGCGAGAACAUGGCUCACGGCAAAGUUCCAAGAGGCGGCGGAUGAAAGUGAGGGUAAGAUGACCGUGGACUGGAACAGCUUCAUCAAGUACCCCGGAGACAACGAACGUAUCAUCUUCCCCGUAAACAUCACCACCAUCGUUGCAACCCUCAAAGGAUCCGAAGACCCGGACCGAUACUAUCUCACAGGCGGCCACUACGACUCCCGCAACAGCAACCCCAUCGACUACCAAGGCGAUGCCCCCGGCGCCGUCGACGACGCCUCCGGCGUAGCCGUCUCCCUAGAACUCGCCCGCAUCUUCGCCCACUACAAGCCCAAAUCCACAAUCGUAUUCACCGCCUUCGCCGGCGAAGAACAAGGCCUCCUCGGCGCCCAGAACCUCGCCCAAACCUACAAAAAUGCGUCCGUCAAUCUCGCCGCUAUGAUCAACCUUGACAUGGUCGGCAACUCCAAAGCAGAAGACGGCACCACGGACCCGCACAACAUCCGCCUCUUCUGCCAAGGUACCCCAUUAACAGAAAACGCAACGACGAUGACCUCGCGCCUCAGCAUCGGCGGCGACAACGACAGUCCCGCGCGUAACCUCGGUCGCUUCAUCUACGAAGUCGCAUCAAACGUGUGGACCGAAAUGACCGUCCGCGUCAUCUACCGUCUGGACCGAUACAGCCGCGGCGGCGACCACCGCCCGUUCCUCGAGGCUGGAUACACAGGUGUCCGCUUCGUCCAGCCGAACGAAGAUUACACCCAACAGCACCAGAAUGUCACUGUGCGCAAUGGGAAGCAAUACGGUGAUCUAACCCAGUGGCUAGACUUUGAAUACAACACACGUGCGGCCAAGGUUGUUGCAACUACCAUGUGGAGUCUAGCCAAUGCGCCUGCCUCUCCCACAAACGUCGGUAUAAAUACCACCAUGUCUGAUAAUUUCAGCCAGUUCAAGUGGGAUGCGCCCAAGGGAUUGCCAGUGGAGGGGUAUGAGAUUUUGUAUCGCGAGACGAUUGAGCCGCAUUGGACGAAUGUUAUUGAUGUGGGGAACGUGACGUGGUAUAAUCUUACCUCUGCGACGAUUCACAAAGACAAUGUGAUUUUUGGGGUGAGGAGUGUGGGUAAAGGGGGUUAUAAGAGUCCGGCUGUUUUGCCGUUUCCGUUUGGGUGCGCGAGGAAUUGCUAG